CACCGAGAAUUGUGAGACUCAGAAAAUCGGACGGACGGACGGACGGAGGAGGCAAGGCGACUAGGAUCCGUCUGCGGCGAUCCAUAUUUCGGAUUUCCCGUCUCCGGUUCAUCGAUUCUUCAGGGGAAUUGAUUUCAUCAAGAGAUUCCUAAAUCCCGUAUAGCAUGUAUUUCACAUGCAGUUUAUUGUUCAGUGAUAGAAAGUCAAGGGUUUUAAUGUUAUGAGGUUCCUAAUGUAUUGAACGACUUGACGAGAUGAGCUGCUUUACUAUCAAACCCUUCCUGUCAGCCUACCCUCCAAUUCCUUCCUGCCAAAGUGCUUUCCCAGCACGGAAAUCAGGAUUUCCAGUGUCCUUGAUUUUAAAUAAGUUGUCCUCAGCUGAUUUAGUUGCAAUGCUUCCUAAGUUGUCUCUCAAUGUGGCGGCAAGUACAUCUACUUACAAACGAUCUGCACAUGUCUGUUUGUUUGGUGGUAAGACAAAGUCAGGCAAUGGAAAUGAUGCAGCUCCAGAGGACACGGUGGAGAAUUUAAUGGGAAGUGUCAACAAGGGGCAGUCGAUUGAGGAUGUGCUAAGACAGCAGAUUAAGAGCCAAGAGUUUUAUGAUGGUGGAGGUAGUGGUACUGGUAAAGGUGGCUUUGGUGGAGGAGGUGGUGGGGGUAAAUUUGGUAAAGAUGGUUCCGGUGGACCUGAUGGUGAAGACAUCUCUGAGGCAUUAGACGAAGCAAUGCAAGUUGUCUUGGCUACUUUAGGCUUCGUAUUUUUGUACAUAUAUAUCCUUGAUGGCCCAGAAAUAAAUCGCUACACUAAGGAUAUAAUCAGGUGCCUAUUGGGAGGCAAAAAGAGCUUUCGGUUACAGCGGCUUGAGGAGACCUGGGAAUCGGAUUGGAAGAAGAUAUGGACUAAGAGAAGAAGAGUGAAUCCGCGCUGGUUGGAACCCCUGAUUAUGAGAACUCGGACGUUGUACGGCGCCCCCACAAGUUUCCGGAAACUCUUUAGGGGCAGUGGGGGAGUUGAGUAUGAAGAGAGAAGCACUGAAGUCAAGAAGAAAGCGAGAGACGUGUUUGAUGAAGAGAGAGGUACUGACGAGAAGAAGAAGAACAAAGUGAGAGAUGUGUUUGAUGAAGAGAGGGAAGUGAGAGACGGGUUUGAUGAAGAUGUCGGAUAUCGAUGCGAUGAUUAAUAUAUCAUCAAAUUGAUUCCUUGAUUGAUUGUUCUAUUGUUGCUUGAUCAACUCUUUUGGGAUAUGUGAUUUUUGAAUGCAAUUACUCAUGUUUUAUUAGCUAUGUAUCAUUGGUCUUUUAGCUUUAUGCUUUGUAGUUGCAAAUUUUGAAACCUUCAUCACAAACAUAUGAGUUUAAGGCCAAGGGGAGAAUCACAUUAGUCUGGUCAACCUUCAAGUUGCAAAGGUUAUAUUU